AUGGGUGAGUCACACUGCCUGGAUAAUAGGUGUGGUCCAGACGACACAUCUCUCAGUCUCGGCUGCCUAUCUGCAGAGAAUGCUGACUUGCUCUCGCAGGUUAUUCAGAACUUCAAUACUGGUCGUGUCCGACGGCCGGAUGAGCCGUAUCAUGCAGCAUGGAGUGGGGGAGAGAACCAACUUCUAGGCGACGAUGGUCAUUAUGAAAGUUUCGUGAGCAAAGAUUAUCUCGAAAACGAACGUUGUCCGGCCUCAGCAGGGUGUCAAGAUGUUCCUAGAUCACCCGCACCAGUGGAUGAAACGCUGAGAGCCGAUGAAGAGACUGGUAAGAGUGAUGUCAAUUUUGAUGAUGACGACACAAGUGAUGGUAUUUAUCUCCCGGAAAGCAAAGAAGAAGAUGAAGCAUUUGAGUAUCAGUCGGACGAGGAGGAGGUUGACGAGGAUGAGAAUGCGGAAAGGAGCGGGAUCAGCGGUGUUUACUCGGAAGAUAAGUCUAUGGAGAACUACACAAGAUCUUUCUUGGAGGAAGAGCCAAGGCGUAGCCUAGAUGUUGGAGAUCAGGCUACCAUGCCACAUGAAACCCUACGUCGGCCAGAAGACAGCCCUGAAGCUGAAAAAGAGCACCGGCAACCGAAAAGCCAAGGUUCCAUCAAGGCUUCACCGCAUGAUGAAAACGCGGACGAUCACAAUGGAACUGAGAACAUAUACAAAAGCUGGAGCGAAUGCGAUAAGCUCGAGCAUUUGGCCGGACCUGGCUGUGAGCAUCGUGCUGGCUAUUCCGGAUUCGAGAUCACCGCCGAAGAAAUGGGAGGCUGUACUGUAGCGCAAUGCCUUGUCCGCAAGAGACCGGAUUGGCAGCCUGAACCGGACGAUCUUGACUUCGAGCUGACCAGCGACUACUUUCUCUCCGGCCUCAUCGGCGAAAUGCCUUCGCGUGACACUUGUUAUAGUGCCGACUAUACGCCCCGUCGUCACGGCUGCGAGGAUCUGUUUCCGGACACAGAGCUUCGCCAUGAUGGGACUGAGUUUGACACGCCUAUGCCUUUCCACCCGACCUGUUUCGAGGUAUUUAUGCGCGCUUCGCGGUUCCGUCUUGGUCGCGUCGAUAUUGAUGGACUGGCUGGGUGGCGCAUGCUCGAAUCCAACUGGAAACGUAGCGAUGGGCCACCUCGUCAUCCGGCCGUAUGCAGAGGAAGGGAUCAAGAAUGGAACCAUCGAUCCGGUGACGCAUGGAUUGUCGCGAAUCCAGUCCUCGUCCCAUCGCUACGUUCUUUCCUGCAAUCUUCGUGGUCUCCACCGUCUGCGAGCUAUGCACAGACGCAACCAAGUCCAGAUGAUCCAUUCCUGAAGCUACCGCGAGAGCUUUCGGACGCCGUUCUCGGUCUCCUCAGCCCGCUUGACAGAGCCAGUCUGAGAUUAGCGUCAUGUGCGACAUACUUACCGCUUUCGCAUUGGAGAAAUUUUCUCAAGGAAGACAUGCCCUGGCUCUGGGAGCUCUGGGAUGAUGUCGAGCCUUAUUUCUGGGCUACAAUGUCACUACCUGCUUUGUUCGCGGAGAAGAAGAGAAGAGACGAAUUAGAAGGGUACAUCUCCGAGGAGGUCAACAUCGUUCAAGAAGAGAUUGCAGAGAUAGGGGAGUCCUGGAGCCGCGAUCAGCCUUGGCCCGAGACGUCCUACGCGACGCUGCAGUCAGCAGCAAAGGAGCCGCCGAUAACGCUUCCAGCGGAGAAUCCGAAUUGGUGUCGGGUCUACUAUGAGAUCAUGACGCACGCGGACGAGCUUCAUGGCCUGCGGAAUCGGCAACGGAUAUGGACCGACGUUGAGGAGAUUCUGAGGCGCAUUCAAAAGUAUCGUGACGAAGGUAGGAUCCCAAACUAG